GUGUUGGUUACAGCCACGGAAGAGGAAACAGAUCUGAUCUCAAGAAGUUUAUGUUCCACUGAAGGGACAUAGAUAGAAUAUUAUAAAUUAUAGUAUUUGGUAGCACUAGAUUGUAUGAAAAGCACUUUGCAGAUGAGCGAAUACACAACUAUUAUACAAGUGGUGCUGGCCUCCUGCAUUCAUCUAGACAGUAUCGAUACUUUUUGCCUCGGGGACCUCUGUGGUGAAGAGUGGAUCAGACAAUACUCUAUCCCAAUCUGAUAUAAUGCAGUAUGCUGUCAGCUCCAAAUAACAAAUAGGACCUUUGCUCACAUUCCCAUCAGCCAGGAAGGAACUGCUCCGAAUCAGCGUGCCAGGUGUUAGGUAGAGCGCCACACUAGCAAUCAAGGCUCACGAUGUACACCGUACAUAUACACUCUGAUUCAAUAUAAAAUGCACUGUUGUGGAAGGCAGUACAUUUCCCUUCCCAGAAAAAGAUGCCCCGCGGGUUCAAGAGUCCACUUUUCCUGCAGGUUCCCGACUUCUCCGGAAGGGCGGGCAGGUCAAGCAAGCUUUCCAGAUUCUAAAGUAGCGAGGUCCCGCCCAACGCCUUUCUACCGUGCCCGAUGCUGCGUUCCUGCGAGCUCGCAGCUGCUUCCUAUACACUCCUCCGUGCAGCCUGCAGCUCACGCUGUUAAGGAAAUGGGGGCACCUGAGCAAGGGCACAGAGCUGGGGGAGGGCGCUGGCUGGGCCGCACGCCUGUGAUCCUGCUCCCCUCCCCAGCACCCCGAAUCCCGGCCUCGGGUUUGCAGUGUCCAAGAGGCUUGGGGGCACCCAGGCAACAGCUGCAAUCCAGAUCCUCGGUUCUGACAGAGAUGUUCUCAAAGCCAGCUGCUCUUCUCCGCACUGAAUGAGACACCCAGAAGACACUUAAAACGAAUUUCCCCGCAGUAUUCCAGUCAGGGUGCGGUCAUUGCUGAAGGCGAGAUUCCCAAAGGCGACAAGUGACAAACCGGGGGAGGGCUUCGUGCUGUCGGUCGGUGUGGGGGCUCCCCUCCUCUCAGGGCUCCUUCCAAUUUGGAACGGCUGGUUCUGAGACAGCAGAGUAGCUUUCGCGAGGCCCUUGGGCGUGUAAGUAAGGCGAGGUGCGAGAGGAAACCACUGACUGCCUGUCUUAAUUCAUGCGAGAACACUGCGCACGCGCCUGCCACCCGGAGGGCGGGGCUUUAGUGGGGCGGGGACAGCGGGGAGAAGAGCGGGAGCUCCGCGGAAGGAGAACUACGCGUGCGUCCCGGAUGUGGGCGGAGCUUGGGCGUGGCGGGGCUUGGGUGGGCGGGGCCCUCGGCCGUCACGAGCGACUCCGCCCCUUCGGGCUCAGUCGGCCUUCUCCAGAAGGCGACCGCUUCUCGGCGCUGUCCCUGGUUAGCUGGCCCUGGGGCACCUCGGUGACAAUGGGGGACCCCAGCAAGCAGGACAUACUGACCAUCUUCAAACGCCUCCGCUCAGUGCCGACUAACAAGGUAUGCUUUGACUGUGGCGCUAAAAACCCCAGCUGGGCCAGCAUAACCUACGGGGUGUUUCUCUGCAUCGACUGCUCAGGGUCGCACCGGUCUCUCGGUGUUCACCUGAGUUUUAUUCGAUCUACAGAGCUGGAUUCCAACUGGUCAUGGUUUCAGCUGCGGUGCAUGCAAGUGGGAGGAAAUGCCAAUGCCUCAUCUUUUUUCCACCAGCACGGCUGUGCCACCAACGACACCAACGCCAAGUACAACAGUCGCGCUGCCCAGCUCUACAGAGAGAAGGUCAAGUCGCUGGCGUCCCAGGCCGCGCGGAAGCACGGCACUGAUCUGUGGCUUGACAGCUGUGUGCUUCCACCGUCGUCCCCUCCUCCAAAGGAGGAAGACUUUUUUGCCUCUCACGUGUCUUCUGAGGUGAGCGGCCCAGCGCAGGUGUCUGCACAGCCAGAGCCCUCGCCUUUAACACCUCGGGUCAUGGGAGCCGCUCCUGGCGAUGACAAAGGUGACCCCAAACAAGGACCAAGUGUGGAAGCACUGAGCGCCCCAGCAAAGUCUGCUUCAGAGGUUUCCUCGAUCAUAAAAAAGAAACCAAAUCAAGCUAAAAGAGGACUCGGGGCCAAGAAAGGAAGCCUGGGAGCCCAGAAACUGGCAAAUACAAGCUUUACUGAAAUCGAAAAGCAGGCCCAGGCCGUGGACAGAAGGAAGGAGCAGGAGGACCUGCUGGCCAGGGCCGCGCCUAAGGAAGAGUCCCCCGUGUUGUCCUUACAGUUUGCCUACAAGAAUCUCGGAAUUCAGACAAAGGAUGGAAAAACGAACAUGAGUGGCCAAAAAAAAGCGGAAGCGGAGAGACUUGGCAUGGGGCUGGGCAACUGCAGGAGUGGCAUUUCACAUUCGGUGACUUCAGAUAUGCAGACCAUAGAGCAGGAGUCUCCCACGCUGGCCAAGCCGAGGAAGAAGUAUCAGGAGGACAGUGAUGAUUCCUAUCUGGCCUCCAGCUCCAGGUACUUCGACGACCCCGUGGAACUGCGAAGCAGCCCCUUUGCCGACUGGGACGAGGGCUCCGACUCUCACUGGAGAAAGGACAGCGGCAGAGAUGCUGAGGCAGCGGGCAGGACCUCGAGCACCUCCGACAGACCUGCCGCUCGCCGCAAGUCCGACUACGCGUCCGCGGAGAACACAGAGGAGGCCCAGAGGAAGUUUGGCAACGUCAAGGCCAUUUCCUCAGACAUGUACUUCGGAAGGCACGCCCAAGCCGACUAUGAGACCAGGGCCCGCCUGGAGCGGCUGUCGACCAGCUCGGCCAUCAGCUCUGCGGACCUGUUCGAGGAGCAGCGGAAGCAGCCAGCAGGCAACUACACCCUGUCCAGCGUGCUGCCCAACGCCCCCGACAUGGCGCAGUUCAAGCAGGGCGUGCGGUCGGUGGCCGGGAAGCUCUCGGUGUUUGCCAACGGGGUUGUGACCUCCAUCCAGGAUCGAUACGGUUCUUAAUCCAUUCCUGAGAAGCUCGUCUCCCUGCAGCCUGGUGACCACACUGGGCACUGUGAGGCCCGACCACCGCACAGUUCUUGGCCUUUCCACACGGCAGACCCUUGCCUCCGCUUUAGUGCUCCUCUGAGCUGUAGUAGAAGUGCUACUGUGAUUUCCGGCUGACGUCAGUUCCUGCGCCCCAGGCCUCUUGCUGUGCCCCGCACACACUUGCUUUAUUCCUGGAGUCUUUAGUUCCCACAGCCGCUGCUCCCCGCUUCCAGACUGGCAGCUCCUGUGGGGGGCAGGGCUCCCCGGGGUCAGUGGAUGCGGCAUGGGCCUGAGAAACUGCACAACACCCACGCCUCACGGACAGGGGGGCCAGGGAUGAGAACAGUGGAGCAAAAAUGGCUGUCAGAUUUCCAGGCACCGAGGUGAUUGCAAAAUAACGUUUAAAGUCAUCUGUCUCUUUGUAAAUUAUUUUGUAUGCUCUAGAAGAUUAAAAAUACCUUCCAAUGAGUGCUCUUAACAGGCUGAGCCUUCCACACUGCCGGGGCGUCGCUGUGUGAAUUCAUGAGAAAUGCAAGCUGAAGACCCCCGAGGUGUGCGGCGCAUCAGGGCCCCUUCGGGAUGAAGGCCGAGUAGCGGGGCAAGGGAACAGCUGGGGGAAAUAGUUCGAGUACGGGAAAAUUGUAAUUGGGUGGCUUUAUUAUUUUUUUUAUCUUAAUCUUGGUUUUCAAACAGUUAUAGAAAUGUGCAAAUCAAUAAAAACAAUUUGGCUGUGUUUUAGACAGCAUUAGAAUACAUUGUUCAACACAGUAAAAUAUAUUGGAAAUUUGAUGAACCCAAACAUGAUUACAUGAUUACAAAUGAGUAUUUUGUGACUUUCUUAACAGCUCAAAUUUGUAGACUUCAAAUAUAAUAAACAGUUGCAGCAGA